AUGGCAUAAAAUGAUUCUGAAGCAACGAAACAAUCUAAUGAACUCCUACCGGGAUCAAAGAAAAUACUGAAAAAACAAGGACACUGGAAUGAAAUAGAGCACAAUACUUAUCUUAGAUUUCUUAAAGAAAAUAACAAUCACUCUAAGGGUUAAAGAUUAUUUAAGAAAAUGAGUUAAAUUGUAGGGACAAGAACUCCAAGUUAGUGUAGAUCGCAUCAUCAAAAAUUCAAUCCGUAAAAGACUAAGUGCCUUUCAGAAACUGGUAUUAUGAGAUCCAAACAGUAUGCUAGACAAUAUUUUGCUUAAAAUAAAACUUUAGACAAUGAUAGUGAUUGA